AUGCCAAAAGUCGCCAAUCUGGACUUUGAAGCCCGCGUCCCGGUCCCCUUUAGCAUCUUCCCCUCGACCUACAAGAGCACCGAGGCCCAGACCCAGACCGCUCAGCAGCAGCUCCAGCUUCCCCAGCCUCAGCAACCCGGACGAGAAGGUCAAUACUCUUCUUACUCUGGUGUAGCUGCCGAUAUCCAGCAGCAGCUGCCGCAGCCUCAACAGCCGCAGCAGCCUGCCUUCAAGCAAGAAUUCCACUUCACCGCAACUGAAGAAGAGCGUUACCCUCGUCCCGGUAUCCAGCAAGAGCAGCAGCCCCAGCACUUUCACCAGCCUUCGCUUGCCAGCCCUCAGUCCUACGUCCAGCCUCAGCACGACGUUGCUCGCCCUCCCUUCGCCGCCGCCGCCGAAUACGAGCCUCGUCGUCCCUCCGUUCCUCAGUCUGAGUAUUCUUCGUACUCCCAGACCAACAUCGAGGUUAACACUCCCGCUGCCCAGUAUCUCAGCCCCAUUGAUCGUGCAGAGCGUCAGUAUCGUGAGCGUCUCCGCCCUCAGUACAUCAAAGACACCGUAGACGCCCCGUCUCGGUCACAGUUCAGCUUCAGCAAACCCACUCCCGAAGGCUACGCCGUCGACAAGAACGUUUCUCGCGCCUCCUUCAGAGACAGGACUGUCUUUGAAGAACGUAGCGAGCCAGCUGUCACAUCUCGCGCUCAGCAAAAGUCUAACAUGGGCUACUACGACGAAGACGGCCACUACCACUCCUUCCGUCACGGCGUCCACAAGCUCGCUGACCGCAUUGCCCACCCUCUCGGCCACGAGCACCACCACCAUCACCGUGAGGACGUUGGCGCUGCCGACUUCAAGGCUCCCCCUCCCCAGGCCCCCGCUCCCGCUCCCAUGGCUUCUCCUCCCCGUCCCCGUCCCGGUGACUCGGGUGAGGCAUACCUGCCUAACACGGUCACCAUCCCCUGCCACCACAUCCGUCUUGGUGACUUCCUGAUGCUCCAGGGCCGCCCCUGCCAGGUGAUCCGCAUCUCCACCUCUGCUGCCACCGGCCAGUACCGCUACCUCGGUGUCGACAUCUUCACCAAGCAGCUGCACGAGGAGUCUUCCUUUGUAUCCAACCCUGCUCCCAGCGUCGUCGUCCAGACCAUGCUCGGCCCCGUCUUCAAGCAGUACCGUGUCCUCGACGUCCAGGGCACCUACGUCGUGGCCAUGACCGAGAGCGGCGAUGUCAAGCAGGACCUCCCCGUCAUUGACCAGAGCAACCUUCACACCCGCCUGGCCAGGGCCUUCGACGCUGGCCGCGGCAGCGUCCGUGUCCUCGUCCUCAACGACAACGGCCAGGAGCUCGCCGUUGACAUGAAGGUCGUCCACGGCUCUCACCUGUAA